AUCACUGGAUCUUCAGGCAGACCCGGGGAAUUAUAAUUGAAGAAGUGCUGAGUUCACCCAUUAUGUUUCCCCUGGACAGGACGAAUGUCAUAGGAUGAACACUGCUGGUGGGGUGUGUCUGUCUGUGCUGUCCUCUCUCCUGGCUGUGGCUGGGGCCCUGGCUGCCUUGUCUGCCCUCGCUCUAGCUCCUCUCUCUGCCCUGGCUGAGGCUGCCCGUGGGGCUGCCGACGGCGUCCCCAGCACCGGGGCAGAGGGGUCCCCCUCGCCCGUCUCCUCGCCAUGCUCCAGCCUUGUAGCUGGGGUGCUCUACGGCUCUUUCUCCCUAAGGGAGCUAUUUCCCUCCCGGGCGCCGGGCUGUUCCUGGUCCCUGGAAAACCCCGAUCCCACCAAGUACUCCCUCUACCUCCGCUUCACCCGCCACCCUAUCAUCUGCCGGACACACUCCCCCAUGCUCCUCUCCCUUGACCACCACCUGGCCAAUCAAAGCUGUCCCCUUCACUUACAGACCGCUGCUGCCAGGGAUCAGGAAGUCAUUGAUCUUUGUGGCAGCCAAUCCAACACAGAGGGACCGUACUCCUUCCUACAGUUUGAUAAGAACUUCGUCCAACUAUGUCUAGCGAGACACCCAGCUGCGGAUGAGCCUCAGGUUUCUAAGGAAUUGCUGGAGCUGAGACUGGUAGAAGUGUUACUCAUUAACAACGAGAACUCCAGUCAGUUUACCUGCGGCGUGCUCUGCCGAUGGUUUGAGGAGUGUUUACGCACAGGGCACAAUGGAGACCAGGAGGAUUCUGACGGAGAUGGUUGUGGGAUGACCCAGACGGGAUGUAUCUGUCCAAACCACAACAUCAUGGCACCACCUGUUCCGUUGCUCCCCGAGACGCCCCACAGUUUCAGCAAUGGUUCGCUCGUUCCCGAUGAUUGCUGCGUCACUGAGCUGCAUUCCAAUGAAGCAAUCGCCAUAGCACCCAGAGAUGUUCGACAAGACCCAUAUGAUGAUGACGAUCUAAAGGUGAAGACCCAGAGACCUCGAUCAGCUGACCAGCCAGGUGUGUUUCAGGCACAAACGGGUGACCCUGCGGCAGAAGAGUGGUCACAGUGGAGUGUGUGUUCUCUCACAUGUGGGCAAGGCUGGCAAGUGAGGACGCGUUCAUGCGUUUCUUCUCCCUAUGGGACACUGUGCAGCGGAGCACUGCGGGAAACGCGGAUGUGCAACAACACCGCAUCCUGUCCAGGUGAACCUGGGAUCACAGGCUCAGUGCAUGGGCUGUGGGAGGAGUGGUCGUCAUGGAGUCUGUGCUCUGUGACCUGUGGGCGGGGCUCCAGAACACGAACCAGGAAGUGUGUGAACGGAGGCGGGGCUGUGGCUUGUGGACGGCCUGAGAGUCAGACCAAGCUCUGCAACAUAGCAGUGUGUCCUGUGGAGGGCCAGUGGUUGGAGUGGGGGCCGUGGUCGAGAUGCAGUGUGACUUGUAACACUGGAACCCAGCAGAGGCAGAGACGCUGCAGUGCGUCGGUGCACGGCUGGGCUGAAUGUAAGGGCCCCCAUCAGGAGAGCAGAGAAUGCACCAACCCUUCCUGCAGUGGUGGAGGUAACUGGGGCAACUGGAACCACUGGAGUCUCUGCAGCAAGACGUGUGACUCCGGUUGGCAGCGUCGCUUCAGGAUGUGCGAGGGCACCGGAAUACAGGGCUACCCCUGCGAUGGCUCGGGAGAGGAGGUCCGGUCCUGUAAUGAGAAGAAGUGCCCUGCUCCUCAUGAGAUAUGUAAAGAAGAGCACCUUCUCUCGAUGUCAUGGAAGAGAGCCUCAGCUGGAGAAACUGUCUACAACAAGUGUCCAACUAACGCCACUGGAUCUGCUAGUCGUCGUUGCAUGCUGGACAAUAAUGGAGUUGCUUUCUGGGGUCCUCCGAGCUUCGCCAGAUGCGUCUCACUUGAAUAUAGAUAUUUACAUUUAUCUUUGCGAGAGCAUCUCGCGAAGGGUCAGAGGACCCUGGCUGGGGAGGGCAUGUCUCAGAUCGUAAGGACUCUCCUGGAGCUCUUGCAGAGGAGAAGCUACUACAGUGGCGACCUUCUCUUUUCCACGGAGAUCCUGCGAAAUGUGACGGACACCUUCAAAAGAGCAACCUACAUCCCAGCUCCCGACGACGUGCAGAAAUUCUUCCAGAUACUCAGCCUAAUGUUGGACAUGGAAAAUGUAGAGAAAUGGGAGGACGCCCACCAGGUCGCUCCCGGUGCUGCUUUGCUGAUGAGGAUAGUCGAAGAUUUCAUUCACCUCAUCGGAGAAGCCCAGAAGCCUUUCCAGAGCUUCCUGGUGGUUACCAACAACCUCAUGAUAACCGUCCAGCGAGAGCCGGUGUCUGCCGUUUCCAGCGAUAUAAACUUCCCCAUGAAGGGCCGGAGAGGGAUGAAGGACUGGGCCAGAACAGCAGAGGACAAGCUCUACAUCCCUAAAGAGGUCUUUACCAUCCCUGCUGAAGAGACAGAGACAGAGACAGAGUCUCCAAUGUACUAUGUCAUCGGAGCCAUCUUGUACAGGACGUUGGGCGUCAUUCUACCUGCACCAAACCCCCCUGCGGUGAUCAACUCCAAGAUCCUGACAGUGACAGUUCGGCCGGAACCACAACCCAGCAAGCCCAUGGUGGUGGUGGAGCUGUUACCGCUUUUUAAUGGUACCUCAGAUCCACAGUGCGUUGUCUGGGACUAUGGCAACCCGGAAGCUGGCGCAGAAAACUGGGGCACAGAAGGCUGCCAAACAUCCCCGUCAACCGCAGUCCACACCAAAUGCCUGUGCAGCAGGAUAUCCACCUACGCCGUGUUAGCGCAGCAAGCUAAAGACCCGGAAAUGGGUCCUACCAGCAUGCCCUCUGUGCCCCUCAUGGUGGGCUGUGGGGUCUCCUGCACUGCUCUGCUCAUCCUGCUGCUAAUCUACGCUGCCUUCUGGAGGUACAUUCGUUCGGAGAGAUCCAUAAUCUUGGUGAAUUUUUGCCUCUCCAUCUUGGCCUCCAACUUAUUGAUUUUGGUGGGACAAUCUCAAACGCUCAGCAAGGGCCUCUGUACCGUGACUGCGGCCUUUCUGCAUUUCUUCUUCUUGGCGUCCUUCUGCUGGGUGCUGACGGAGGCGUGGCAGUCCUAUCUGGCAGUUAUCGGCAAAAUGAGGUCACGACUCAUUCGCAAGCGUUUUCUGUGCCUCGGCUGGGGUCUUCCAGCCCUAGUUGUAGCAGUGUCAGUGGGUUUCACCAGAGCGAGAGGUUAUGGCACAGCCAGCUAUUGCUGGCUGUCCUUGGAGGGUGGUCUGCUUUAUGCCUUUGUUGGGCCUGCUGCUGUCAUUGUAUUGGUGAAUAUGCUCAUUGGAAUCGUGGUGUUCAACAAGCUCAUGUCUCGAGAUGGCAUCUCAGACAAGUCUAAAAAGCAGCGAGCGGGUGUCCCAGCGGGGGCGCGUAGCCGACUGCUCCUGAAAUGCUCCAAGUGUGGCGUGAUCUCGAGCACCGCUCUGUCCAGCUCGACUGCCAGCAGUGCCAUGGCGUCUCUGUGGAGCUCCUGCGUAGUUCUUCCCCUGUUAGCAUUAACCUGGAUGUCAGCAGUGCUGGCCAUAACCGACCGGCGCUCCACACUCUUCCAGGUCCUCUUUGCAGUCUUCGACUCUGUCCAAGGUUUUGUCAUCAUCAUUGUCCACUGUGCAAUGCGCCGGGAGGUGCAGGAUGCAGUGCGCUGUAGGAUGGGGGGAUGUAAAGAUGACAGCGAAAACUCACCAGACUCCUGCAAGAACGGACAGGUGCAGAUCAUGAAGUGUCCAAACGUGAGCUACUGUGGGCAGCAGUGUGGCUCUCUGCGUUACGGCACAUACCCGUGCCUGUCAGGUCGCCACCCACAGCAGUUCCCACCGACGGCCCACCAGGCAUGCCACCAAGGCUGUUACCACAGUCUGCCCCGCAGCAACCCCGGGCCAGAGCACAGCCACGCUCAUGAGCAUAACCCCAUCCUGAACAAUACCCACAACCACGCUCAUAAUCACAUCCACAACCACAUCGGCAGCCAACCAACGGAUUUUGAGAAGGAUGUGGACUUGGCAUGUCAGACAGAGAGAGGACACCCAUUCAUAUUCAAGGAGGUGAACACCUGUAACCCGGCCACCAUCACUGGGACCCUUUCCCGCAUCUCCCUGGAUGAUGAGGAUGAUCCCAAGCUGGCAGCCCAUCAGGAGGGGGGAGUGGGGGUCAACUUCACCUCCCUCCCCGGAAACAUCCCCCCUCCCAACCUCAUCGUACAGGUGCCAAAUCUCGGCGGCCUCAAUGAGCUAAGCGAGACGCCUCUAAAAAAGGAGGUGAACGUAGAUCAGCAGAGACAGCAGGGGCAGCAACGCAGCGGCGCUCCAAUCUACCUGUGCACUGAGAGUGGCUUGGGCUGGGCUCGACCGCCCCCUUCCUCCAACACCUCCCAGGACGGAAGUGCCGGAAGCAUGGGGAGUGGCGGAGGGGGAGGAGGAAGUGGAGGAGGCGGGGAGGGAGACUACAUGGUCUUACCUCGUAGGACGGUCAGUCUCAAACCUCCAGCGCCCUCCUCCCAGGGAGGAGGCCUGGGACUGGGGGGCGAGGACAAGCCUCUUAACAUUGAAGUGGAGGAUCCUCCCUUCCCCCCGCCUCCCUCACCUCUGACCCUCCACCCAGCUGAGAGUGAGGCGUACCCGGCGGAUUUUGUGCCGUCGAGUGUGGGCGAUAUGAACAUCGCCAUGAAUCUCAACCGCUCCUAUGGGACGAUCAAAACCAUGCCCCACGGGCACGGCCACAUGAUGGCUCAGGGUGGUCUCGUACACUCCCACGGAGGACACAUGCACUCCCACGGGCAUUCGCUCCAGCUGAAGCCAGGCCAGAGGCCGUCGGUCAGACAGAUUCUGACAGGGGGAACCGCAGUGGAGAGAACCAGGACCCUGCCACGCAACCUGGGCAGCACCAAUGCCAACAGCAGCCUCUCGGCAGGAUCCCUAGAGAGGAAAAGAGUACGGUACUCUGAGCUGGACUUCGAGAAAGUGAUGCACACUCGCAAAAGACAUUCUGAGCUGUACCAUGAGCUCAACCACUCGUCCAAGUUCCACACCAUAGACAGGUAUAGCAGGGACCCAGCCAUGUCCACAUUCAAGAGGGAAAAGCGAUGGAGCAUUUCGUCUGCCGGAGGUGAAAAGAACUCGUCGAGUGACAAGUCCACCCCGGAGGACCAGAGCUCCUGGGACAGCUUCAAGAACAUGACCCCCGAGCUGUCCAUCGUGCCUGGGGAGCAAAAGGACCGGAUGGAGCUGCACAAUAAGAACUGGGACUCCUCCUCAGCUAACACGCCUGACUCGUCCGAGGGAGACUUCCAGACUGAAGUGUGAAGACACACACACACACACACGCAUACACACACACUCCACUGAAUACACCCACGCUCAUUGCCGAGGCGAACUUCUGAAAAGCUAUACAUACUGUAAGUACAUGAUUUCUCGCAAAGAUCUCACACACACUGCUCCCCGUCUCCUGCAAUGUGCUCCUGUUGGAUCCCAUACUGUAUUUGUUUACUGCUGCUGAGGACAGACACGGAAAGAAGACUGUUCUAAACUAUAUUUUCGCAAAGACUAUUGAAAAGAAAGAACAGGGGCUUGAUAUGUCUGGGACUGAAGAAAUUUUUUAAAUGAACUUAAAAACUUAUGAAAAACAUAUUUCUGAGAAAAAAAAAUGUCUUGAUUUUAUUCUGGAGAAAAAAGAAAAUCUCUUUCAAUUGUUUUGAUGAUUUGGGGAGGGGGGGAAGAAAAAGAAUAUUUCUGCACCAUUGAGUUCUUUUCAUAGCAAGGGGGGGGAAAUCUCACUGAGGUUUCUCACACCGGUAGCCCCCCUAGGCACCCUGCUUUCAUUUAUUUCUUUUUCCCUUCUAAUGGAUGACGGAAGCAUUUGAUCUCUCAUUCUUUCCUUUUUUAUUUAAAGUUUUUUUUUCUUGUCAUUUUGGACGGAUAGGGGAUGGGGGACGGGGGAAGAGCUGCUCAUUGAAAUGUGCCAUCCUCACUGCUUUUUUCAGGUUCCAGUUCAACAAUCCCAUCCAUCCAUUCCUCUCACAUCCUCUGUGUCAACACUGUAUUCCCCCUUAUUUGUGUAUUUUCUAUGGUUUAGUUUAAAAAAAAAAAUGUCCUCCUCUAUGGUUUGAAACUUUUAAUGAAAAAAAUAAUACGAUUGAAACAACUGUUCAAGAAGAAUUGAUUUUCAAACUGGUUUGAUUUCUGCUUCAGCUGCCUUUUUUUCAUUUUUUUCAUUUCCUGUGAGAAUUAACCCAUGUGGAACUUCAAAAACAGAUUCAGGACACACACACACACAGCACAUAAAUGUGAGCUUACUUUCUGAGGUAAUGUGUGCCGCAUGCUAUCCACCCACGAGGGAAAAGGAUAGUGAUCGUCAUGCAGAUUCUUGCAUAUCCUUCUUUUUUUUCUCCCAGUGCUUGGAGAUAAAAGCCUUUAAAGAUUGCAGCAUCUGAAUCUAUUUCAGCCAUCACCAAUCACAAUGAAAAAGAGAAUAUCUCAGUAAUUGUCGACCCAAAUGGAAUCUGUGCGAACUCUGUUUAGCAUCUCUCAAAAAAGUACUCAUAUGCCGCCGAGUGAAAUAUAAAUCGGUUUAGCGGCUGCUUGCUCUUCUCCUGUAACUGAGGGAAUAUUGUUAGCUUCACAUGACCUAAGGAGGUCUUUCAAGCCAAUAUGUCAAACUAGAUACAACCUGAGCCGAAUUGUCUUCUUUUCCCAAGAACCCCAUCAUGCAUUUAAAGAUAAACAUGCCUUCCUUUGCUUUUGUCUAUUGGCUCCUUCUCAUCUCCCCUUCUCCUGCUGCCCACCCAGCGUCGUGCUACAAUAAGGCAUGAAAUCUUAAUGUUAGCAGUGAAGCCAGAUGUUUAAUUUCUUCUUCUCAUGGAUCCCUGUCAGUGUGAUUGUAUACUGUACUUAUGAGCACAGCAGAAAGAGAGUGAAAUAGAAAGUCAGAGAUGGAGUCAAAGAGGUUAUGAUGCUACAAGGUGGCAAACUGAAGAGGAAAACGGCAAAACAAAAGAAAAGCCAGUGGUGAUGCUACCGGCAUGACAUUCUAGAUCCGUACUUCUGUCGCUACAAGAGGACAACCAUUUUCCUGCUGUUGCUACGUAAGCACAUCAGUCCUCCGCACACCGACAGAGAGAACGGGUCAGAGUCCAGGAUGAAUUCAAUAGAUGGCUCUAUGACUUUUCUGUCUAUGUCCAAAGCGGCUCCCAUUAAUCUAACAGUUUGUAGAAAGAGGUGAGAGACAAUUUAGGGAGAAAAGAGAAAAUUGUAGCCACGGGGAAAAAGAUCCGAAAAAUAUGUAAUGAGAAGCUAGAGGCAGGCAAAGAUGCAGAUUAAGAAGGGGAGUGCUCAAAACAGUAAUUAUCCGGGGGAUGGCGAUUUGUCCUGACAUUUUCCAAUUCAGCCCUCAAACCAUCUGUUUAAAGAUCCCUAAUGUGGUAGUAGAGCGGCACGGCGCAGAUGGUGAGACGAGUGCGGCCUUUCUAACCUUUCAAGCUAAUCAGCUGAUAGGCGAACCUACACCCUGCUCACUCUCAGAGGAGCCAGAUAGGACAGACAGGUUACAGAGCGAAGGUCACAUUCACUUCACCUUCCGUGAAGCUGGGGAUCCAGAUCUACUCUACAGUGUGUCCAAACGUGGAAAAAAAAGCCCGUCCGAGUACAAUGGGUGUUAAUCUAUAGCAGAGCAAAACAUCUGUCUCAGGGGAAACAGAUUUGACCUUUACACAGACACCCUAGGUUUUUCAUUUAUAAAAGUGGACAUUUUAGAGAGAAUGCUCAACAUGAGUUCUCUACAAAGCCUUGUUCCGAUGAUAACCUAUUAAAUGGGAUUUAAAGAAAGACAGAGAAAGUAAUGUGAAUGUUUGAGAUUUUGUUACUUACCUCUUCAGUUGGUGAGCUUUUCCUUAUUUUGAACAGUAUGAUGAGGGCUGGACUUUAAGUUUUCAUCUUCAGGAACGGUAAGUGAGAUGCUGCUUGAUUGAUUGGGAUUGAGAGUGAGAUGUCUGACCGAUCAACACAACUAAGGAUCAUCUUACAAUUUUACACUUGUCUUUUCUAUGAUAAACUCUGGUUAUGAUGUGAAUGCUAACAUAUGAAGUUGAUGGUAAGAGUAUGUUAGUAUGGCAUGUUGUGAUCCUUUAAAAAAAAAAAAAAAGAAAAUCAGGGCAAGCCACUUUACAAGUUAAGGUGGAUGCCAGCUCUAAACCCUACUAUGCUCACCUUCACCUCCUCCCUUCAGCCUUUCGAUGCUUAGGUGUUAACCCACUGCUACAACCAUCCAACAUUCCAGUUGAUUUAUUACUGAAACCCCUCCCUUUCCUUUCUGUCUCUCAUUUUUGUUCUUUUUAUACAUACGAUUGUACAAAGUAGUCCUCUAAUGUUUUCAUAGUGUCUUUUUAUAUGAAAAUAAAUUUUCAAAUAUA